AUGAUUCAACCACCAGGUUUUGUUAGCUCUUCAUCUCCCCAUCAUGUGUGCAAGCUUCAGAAAGCUCUUUAUGGCCUCAAACAGGCUCCUCAAGCUUGGUACUCUACUUUCUCCAAGUUCUUGUUAUCUCAAGGGUUUGUAAAUAGUCAUUGUGAUAACUCUCUCUUUAUUCACAAGACUUUCACUACCAUAACAGUACUUCUGGUGUACGUAGACGAUAGUUUACUUACUGGCAACAGUCCCUCUCAUCUUCAAGCUCUCAUUCACCAGAUGCACUCUGCUUUUGCCAUGAAGGAAUUGGGCGAUCUUUCUUAUUUCUUGGGUAUUUCUAUUCAAGCAGUGGGUGACUCUUAUUUUUUGUCUCAAUCUAAAUAUGCUUCUGACAUUCUUAUUAAAGCUGGGAUGACCUCUUGUAAACCAUGUCCUACUUCUAUGUCCAUGAAACCUGUUGAUACUCCUGCUACUAAUCUUCCCUUUCGUCAGCCUCAGUUAUACAGAAAUUUAGUAGGUGCUUUACAGUAUCUAACUCUUACUCGUCCAGAUUUGUCAUUCGCUGUCAAUCAAGCAUGUCAAUACAUGCAUGAACCCACUAAUGCUCACUUUGCUCUGCUCAAACACAUUCUUCGGUUUGUUCAAAGUUCACUCUCUCGUGGCUUGACUUUUUGUCCUAGUUCGUUUGAGCUCCAAGCCUUUUCUGAUUUGAAUUGGGCUGGUUACACUGUUGAUCGCAAAUCUACCUCUGGAUACUGUAUUUUCCUUGGUUCUAACAUCAUCUCUUAG